AUGGUGCUCCCACAAACAUCCACGUACAUCUUCCAUUGGACCCUUGGGCUGCUGCUCGCCGGCGCCGCGCACACCGUUGGAGCCCUCCCUCGACUGUGUGAUGUGCUGCGGGUGCUGCGGGAGGAGCGGGACCAGUGCCUGCAAGAACUCUCUGGAGAGAGGACAGGAGACCAUGGCACGGUGCCGCCAGCCCCAGGCUGCCCGCGGCUGUGGGAGAACAUGAGCUGCUGGCCCUCCUCUGAGCCCGGACAGACGGUGGAAGUGGAGUGUCCGAGAUUCCUCUGGAUGUUCACGGGCAGAAACGGUUCCAUGUUUCGAAACUGCACACCGGGCGGCUGGUCAGAAAUCUUCCCCAGGCCUGACCUGGCCUGUGGGGUUAACGUGAAUGACUCGUUCAAGGAGACCGACGAGAAGCGGCACGAGUACCUGCUGAAGCUGAAGGUCAUGUAUACUGUGGGCUAUAGCUCCUCCCUGGUGAUGCUCCUGGUUGCCCUCAGCAUCCUCUGUUCUUUCAGGAGGCUCCACUGCACCCGCAACUACAUCCACAUGCACCUGUUCGUGUCCUUCAUCCUGCGCGCCCUGUCCAACUUCAUCAAGGAUGCUGUGCUCUUCUCAGAUGAUGAUGACCACUGUGAAACCCACAGGGUGGGCUGCAAGCUGAUCAUGGUCUUCUUCCAGUACUGCAUCCUGGCCAACUACGCCUGGCUGCUGGCGGAGGGCCUCUACCUUCACACCCUCCUCGCCGUCUCCUUCUUCUCAGAAAGGAAGUGCCUCCAGGGCUGUGUCGCCCUCGGAUGGGGUUCCCCGGCCAUUUUCGUUGCUUCGUGGGCUCUCACCAGGCACUUUCUGGAGGAUGCUGGGCCCAGCAGCUCUGUGCUUGGGUCCGUGCCAGACAAGAGCUUCACCACUGCCGGCAGGUUCCCCGGCCAUUUUCGUUGCUUCGUGGGCUCUCACCAGGCACUUUCUGGAGGAUGCUGGCCUUUCUUUGGUCACCCCAUGCACAGCCAGCUCAGAGCAAGAUGCGUAACAAUCCGAGAAGCAGUGUCCCAGAGCAGCAGUGCUGGGCGAGGAGUCCUAGACGGGCCGCUAGUCCUGUGUAUUGUGAUUAAUUUCAUACUUUUUGUAAACAUUCUAAGAAUCCUGAUGAGAAAACUGAGAACCCAAGAAACAAGAGGAAAUGAAGUAAACCAUUAUAAGCGUCUGGCCAAGUCCACCCUCCUGCUGAUCCCUCUCUUCGGCGCCCACUAUAUCAUCUUCGCCUUCUCGCCAGAUGAUGCCAUGGAGAUCCAGCUGUUUUUUGAACUGGCCCUGGGCUCAUUCCAGGGCCUGGUGGUGGCCGUCCUCUACUGCUUCCUCAACGGGGAGGUGCAGCUGGAGGUUCAGAAGAAGUGGCGGCAGUGGCACCUGCGUGAGCUUUCACUGCGCCCCAUGGCCCUCAGCAACUCCUCUAGCAUCGGCACCAGCAGCCUCACCCACGGCACCAAGGCCAGCCCCUCGGAGCCGAGCCGGGGCACCUGCAGGGCCAGCGUCAUCUGAGAGGUCGGAGCAGGGCCACCGUGGACAUAGGCCACGCUGGUCCUGAGAGAGCAGGACACUGCUUUGGGACAGUCCAUCUCCCCCCAGGCAGCAUACGCUUUCUCCUGCGACUAGUGACCUCUUCUCCAGGCCUUGGGUUGGAGGGUGAGAGUCCCUCAGAACUCAACAGAAGGAACCUGGGCAGCAUGGGACAGGGAGGGGGGAGAGCAGCUCAGGGGUCUGAGAAGGGAGGAGGAAAAUAAAUGGGAACUGAGGUGAGA